GAAGCGUUAAUUGACAAACUGCAACAGAUGAACUAACAUUAUUAGUCAGAAAAAAAAAUCAUGGCAAAAUGAAAAUAGUGUGAGGGAGUCUUAAAAGGUUGAGGUGAAAUGUGAAACCGAAAAAAAGACURCGAUGAAUUAUUCACAGACAAUUGCCCUGCUUUUAUGCUUGGGUUACCUUACGCUCUCCCAAGCAAAACCAACUGGUAUAGUCAAAGCAGMUACUUCGAAAGCUUCACAUCCAACAGUGAAAAAAUCUAGCAUUCACCACCACACGAGGAAUAACCACUAUCAUGGGAAAUCACACAAAAGACAUUUAAGAAAAAAGAAACAGUUUAUCAUGGGAGGUCUUGCUGGAGGAUUACCCGGUUACGGUAUGCCAGACUACAGUGCAUUAGCAUCAAUGAGUAAUCCUCAAGCUUACGGYUACACCCCGUCACCUAGUGUCGACCCCACUUAUGGACUUGCAGCGUUAGGGGGAGGUGCACAACCUGGUUUAAUGAGUAACAGCAUACAGGAUCCUAAUAGCGGUGUUCUACAGUCACGACAGAGCUUAUUUAACAGUUUCACAGGAGCUCCUGAUCAAGGGCUAACUUCUUAUAACAAUAAUGGAUACGGUAGCUAUGCCAACGGUGGUCUCCAGGAUACGGGUUCUCUGCAGAGCAGUGUUCCCUCUUUAGCGGGCUAUGAUCAAAAYGGAUUGAGCAGUAGCCUUAGCAACGCUAUGGCAGCUGGUCUUGGUAACGSAUAUGGCAACGCCGGUCUUGGAAACGCUUUUAGCAAUGGUAUCAAUUCGUACGCCGGAAAUGACGCAAAUCAAAUGGCCAGUUUAGGUGGGUUGAAUUCUUUUUCUCCAACUGUCAAUCAGGCGUCGAAUCUUAUGGGUACUGGUGGAAGUAAUCUGAUGAGUAAUGCUGGUAGCAAUCUCAUGGGCAGUACUGGUAGUAGCAAUCUCAUGGGCAGUACUGGUAGCAAUCUCAUGGGCAGUACUGGUAGCAAUCUCAUGGGAAGUACUGGUAGCAAUCUCAUGGGAAGUACUGGUAGUAAUCUCAUGGGCAGUACUGGUAACAAUCUCAUGGACAAUACUGGGAGUAAUCUCAUGGGCAAUCCUGGGACUAAUAAAUAUGCCGCUGAUUCGCUGAGCGCAGGCCUCGACACACCCAACGGUAUUGCCAACAUUGCAAACCUUUUAAACAGUGCGCAAACAUCGUUUGACUCAGACGGUCAAGGGCAAUUACCCAACAAUGCAAUCAGCAAUGCUGAUAUGAAUAAGUUUGCACAACGUUUUGGCAGUCAACCCACAACAAGUCAGUCAAGUCUUGGAAUUCCAGGUCUUACGCAAGGGUCCAGUGCAGCAGCCGCCGAGGCGCARUCGUUUGAAAAUCAGCUCAGUCAUUUGUCGAACGAUAAAUUGAAGCUGGGUGGAAACACACAUGCUAAUUAUGCUAACUUUGCCGAUAAUAUCGAUCCAAACAACUUGAAUGAAAUUGGUCAGAUCGCUAGUACUGGGAUAUCCGACAACAAUCUACARAGACUCCUUGGUCAGUUGAUUAACGGACAAUUUGGACAUGCACAUCAUGCAAAUCCGAGUCAAUCUGCUGGGGUAGGGGGAUUACCAAGUGAUUCCCAGUCGACUGGGACGUACGACACGGGAAACCCACAGGGACAAAUAGAAGACCAAGCAGGGUACUCUAGUCCAUUAAUAGCUCCAGUAAUACACGGUCAAACAAUCAGAGUCCAUGCCAGUGAUAAACCACGAUACCACUUAGCUGACAAGGGAGGACACGCAUCUGCUUCCAAGACAGCACUUAACGUUCAAAGACAGGCUACCCAGGAACAUAAAGAAAAGUUAGAGCAAUUGAAGGAAAAGUUGAAAAUGCUGCGACAGAAACUUCAUAGAUUGAAACAAGAAUACAACGAUGAUCCCUACGACGACUAUACGGAUAGUGACAAUGAUUUUGGAUCAGAUCUCUCUGAAAAGUCUGAGACGGAAACUCUGGAUUACUUGAAGUCUGCAACUGAAAARGCCCUAAAAGAACUGAAACAAGAAAUGGCUAAAGUCAAAGCAAAAGGGAAAAAAGUGAUAUUUAUUCAUAAGUUUUCACCACAAUCAACUUCUGAUGUGAGCGCCAAGAAAAAAGGCGAUCAGACAAUUGCAGAACUUGAGASAGAAAUGCUAGAACUGAUCGACGACGAUCAUCGCAUCAUCAAUAAUGAACUUAACAAGAAACAUAGAAAACAUCGCCCAAACAACCGUCAAGUAUCCCUAACAGAACUUGACAAACAGGCCGAACAAGAAGUUAAUUACCUUACCAGCAAAAAUCCAAAAGUUGUAAGGAAAAAACAUCAUCGGAAAACACAUAACCUUCUAUUCAGCUCACCAAACGCUGGACUUCAUAUCCAUAUACCAGAACCGGUUGAAGAAGGAGAAGUGCUUUCACGAGAUAGAAAGCCUUCAUUCCCACACGACGAUUUAGCGGACAAGUUGAAACAAAAACAAAGAUCAUCUGAAGAACACGCGUCCAGCGACAGCGGGUCAAAGCAUCCCUCAGAUGAUCUAGGUGGCAUCGAAAAACUACUCAAUAAGCAUCAUCAAGAACAAGCCUCCAACAACAACACAACUAGAGARAAACACUCUUUAGGGUUCUUUAGCAUUGGUUGUUGGCGAGAUCAACCAGAGAGAGCUCUAAUGAGCCUGGAGGGAAUCUUCCCGAUACUCGACGGAAACGAUUACAUGCGGCGUAARUACGCCAUCAGGAAAUGUGCCCAGGUUGCGCGCGUACAAGGAUUCUCGGCUUUUGCUGUUGAAAAUGGCGGCCAUUGUUUGGGAGAUAAGAACGUGUUGCAGACGUACUCGAUGUACGGUCCAUCCAAAGGAUGUAAAUCCGAUGGCAAAGGUGGACCAUGGAGUAUGGAAGUUUAUAAGUUCACCACAUCAUCAGCACAGCGUAAAACGCGCAGGGGAGACAUUCUGAGAGCCAUUGGUCCUGAAUACAUUUUUUACAAAGGAACAAAUGGACUGAGAAAAAAGGGUUAACGUAAACUACUUGAUCUGAAGUACAUUGUAUAGUUGAUCGAUUGAUUUUUGUCAUUAAUCACCAUAUAAAGAUACUGAAUAACCGUGGAAAAAAUGUAAACUGUUUUGUCUCGAAAAGAAGAAACACCGGUUAGUUUAUCAAACUGAACAAAUGACAUUGCUCCAUAUGCUUUAUUUUGAUUAUUAGAAUCGACAAAUKAUAAAAAUUGUAACUCGGGCGAAUAGUCUAUUUGCAAGAUACCAAGCCAAAUCAAAACUGAAUCUCAAUAAAUAUAUAUAUUUGUUUAAA